AUGGCUGCGUUGCUUCUUCUCCUUUGUCAUUCCUUCAUCCAAACUUUUUCUCAAUUUACUAGUGAGUUUUUUGUGAGAAAUGUUAAACCGAAGUAUUUUCAGCAACUGAACAAGAUAUUUAUAUCAACAGCCAACAAAAGCUUGUGGACUCCUUGUUUCAAAAGUACGAUGCAAAAGUCUCGCCAGUUUCCACCAAAAGUAAGAAUCUACAAUGAGAUGUUUGAAAAGUCUUGGAUGAGCUGAUUAGAGGAGCAUGAAAAUGUUUUGUCAAGAAAUUCUUUCCAAAAUCUCCAGCAAAGAGUUUUCAUUCGGCAUUUGAAACUUUCAACCGCGGAAUUUGAGCAAAUUUAUCGACGAUGGGAAGUCCGGAGAACCGCUUCAAUAUCACUGCGUUUCUUUAUUACCUAAAGCUAGUGGAAGUGGUGAGCAAUUUUUCGUGGUUCAAUCUCAAAAAAGUUGCAGUCUGAACCCGAAGAAAGAGUUUCUUUUGUCGUCGAAAUUCUCACGGUUAGUCAACCAAAUAUAUUUUUCUAUAAAUCUAUGAUUCUCAGUACUGGUACGAUCCUCGACUCCGUUGGAACCCCAAAGACCAUGACGACAUUGAGUAUGUCUAUGUUUCUGAAGACCGAAUCUGGAUUCCUCCCGUUCAACCUUUCGGAACGUAAGUUUUUCCCCAUUUUAUCUUAGGCUCCAAAACAUUUUUAGGAGUGACUAUCAAGAAUUUGUGGAGGCUCCGAACCGCCAGAUCUGUGUAAUUUUUUCCGAGAGGCUUUUCUUUCUUAAAGAAAAACUUCCAGCUCAGUUCUGAUUCGAGGACCAGAGGCUACAUUGCCGCGAGAAUCGCUACAGUGUGCCCAAUGAAUGUAAGCAAUUUAUGUAUUUGAGAAAGUCCUGUAACACAACUUGAAGUAGUCAUGGUCGCACAUGCAAUGACUCAAAGCAUUGCGGUUAGGAAAGGAUCAGACCCAGCUUGAUUUGAAAGUUUUUUAUUUCCAAUCCAUCCAUCCUACGUGUGACCAUGGACAUCAAAAAAAGUUCUCAGUUGAAACAAUCUUUAUUCAGAUAGAAGAUUUUCCGUUUGACACCCAGACUUGCCAGAUUCGGCUGACUUCUCCUUAUUUCACAAUCGAUGAAAUCAAACUUUUCGGAGAAGUUUAUAGCGCAAUCAAGGAGCAUUCUAUCCUUUCUACAGUGGUUGUUAUAUUUUAUACAGAAUAUAAAUAAAUUAGUCAGUUUUCAGGGGAAUUCUGAAUGGAGAGUCGUAAGCCUGAGCGACAAAAUCGAGCUUUUCCAGUACAACGACUCUUUCUUCUCUAUUGAAUUGGUAGGACUAUCAAUGGAACAACUCCAAAAAAAGAAGAUUUACAGAUCAUUUUCGAAAUAAAAAUACAGCGGAACCCAGUUUAUUACGUUUAUAUGAUUCUAAUCCCGUCUUUCAUCAUCAAUGCCGUCUCUAUUAUUGGCGUUUUCUUAAGGGAGUCCGAUCUGAUGUCGAGAGUAAGUCAGAAGCGGAAUAAAAGAAGACGCAAACAUUUCAGCUGAAUGUUGGUCUGACAAACAUUAUGACGAUGACAUUUAUUCUCGGCGUCAUGGCUGACAAAAUCCCCAAAACUCCUACCAUACCUUUAUUAGGUAACUUGCAAGGAUUCCUUCUGUCAUAAUUCAUUUUCAAGGGAUUUAUAUAAUCAUCAACCUUGUUAUCAUGAUAGUUGCCAUUCUUCUGAUGACCAGAUACGAUUCUUUGCGUCGUUGGCUGACCCGACGUGCGGAUAACAGCAAAAAGCCUUUUUGGUUAUUUCCAAACUCGUUUCGUUAGAAUAAAAUGAGCGAUUUUCAGGAAGAAAAUGAAGCAAUGGAGCGGACGAACAUUGGAAACUGUGACUAUGUUGGCUCUACAAAUCGCAAACUUUGUCAACUUUAUGGUUAUUAUUGCAAAAUGGGUAUGAAUAACGAAAUAAAGCUUUGGUGAGAUUUUGGUAAAUUAACUACAGCAUAGCCUCGAUGAAUCUAACAAUCUCAAAAAGGUCGAAGAAAAAAAAAGUUUCAUUCACUGCUUUAUAGUUAUUUGAAAGAAAUCUGAAACAACAAAAAAACGAAGAACUUAAAAAAUUGCACAAAAAUCUCAAAUCGGGGGAUAAUUUUAGAGCUGUACGAGAUCUUAGCCAAAUCCGGACACUAGCAUUUAUACAGUCUCAUUUUAAAAAGAGAUAAGUUUUUCUCCGUUUACCAAAUUUAAGGCUUGGUUUCGUUCUUGAAAGAAAAUUUGGGAGGGGGAAAUUAAGUUUUUAAGACCCUUUCUUGUUCUGAACCCUCUUUCUUAAUUUUUUUCUUGAAUCAAAUUUUUCCCAUCAAUAUUUUGAUUUUUUUCAAAUAAAAGAAAGGUACAAUCAAUAGUUUUUUUGCUGCGGUGCUUGAAAGUGAAGUCUAUGCUUCUUCAAAUUUCUUUCAGUUAUUUUCGACAAUGUUUAAUUAAUUGAUACCCUUUUUCACUCCUCUGCAACAGCUCUUCACUAUCUCGACAUUGGGAUACGGGAAACUAUUCGAAAACGAAUUCUACACGCGUAUUUGAUCCCACUGCCGAAGAGACUCGGAAACUAAGCCGAGAGGAGAAGCGGCGACUCACUUGACCCCAGCGGAAAAGCUCCGCGAGCGCGAUGAUCCGAGUACCUCGGGAGCCAAAAGUGGCGCUCAAUCACGUAUUGUUUGCGUAUUUAUCGCGCAUAGCUGCGCAGGCUGUGUAUUCAGGCAGACCAACUCGAGCCUUUCCUUUGAAUCUGCCCUGCCGAAGGUUAAGCUCGGCGUGAGAAAUGCACACCUCAAACAGAUUUUGGCUCAGGCUUCUCACCUCGCUCAACUUAUGUAUCUCAGCUUCUACUGACUUGAACGUAAAACUUUUCCUCGCAAUUUUUGGAUUAAAAGAAAUCAUUUACAAGUUCAUUAUGUUCCUUGCCAUCUUGUCCGAUUUAAGUAUGUUUCGAAAUGUUUUCAAAGGUUCAGUCUAUUCAAAAAUACGGAAUAUUUUGAAGACCUUUGACAGCUUUCCAUGAAGGUCUCGAAGCAAAAAACCCACCUUUAAGAAAUUUUUUCAGGUCAUGAAGAUUUCAGCCUUUCUACAAGUCCACGAAACGAUAUUUGAUCCGUUUUUUUUUUGACAAUUCCAUAAUUAAGUUGACCUCAAUUAUAAUUGAGGUCAACUUCAAUAUUCAAUAUUCACGUCUGAAAGUUUUUCGGUUUCCAAAUCCGGGAACCUCAAUUCCGGCCUAGAAUCCUAAUUAGGUUAGGCUAAUCCGAAAUUACUACUCGCUGGUUUCCUCAUUCUAUUUUAUCUCAAAUUUCAAAUUUUUAACUGGUUCUGCUUCUAUACCAAAAAUGUCCAUCUAUUGAACUCUUAAGUUCAAAAUACAUGUGGAGUUGUGUGAAAUAUGAGAACACGAACUACUCGGAGAAAAAAUUCGAAAAGGUUAAAUAUAAAUGUGUGAUGUUAGUUUUGGACUUUCGUUUUUCUCAGCUUACGGAAAGGGGUCGCCUUUUUAUGAAAAGUAAUCUCGUUCAAAAUUAAAACUCGAUGUGAUGGACAAAAUUUGUUAUGUAGAGAAGCUUUGACGGAAGCUCUCAUUGAGCAGCGGCUAAUUUCGCGCAAGAACGUCAGCCGCUGCUUUUCUUGUCUGCGGUCAGGAAGCACCGCGGGUUCGCCUUUCAAGUGCCUAAUGCACAUGUGUCAUUGUCAGUUUGGUAGAUACUAAUUGCUUCUAAGAGGGGGACACUGAAGGCAACCCGAUUUGGAGCAAUUAAAAUUACCCGGCUUAUCCUUCUUUAAUUUUCCUCGCGACGCAGCAAAAACUUUCCUUUUUUUCAUAUCUCAAAAAGCUUUAUAAAGUGAUAAAUCGUGAGAAACGACUUGCAAAUGCAAAAAAGACGGUGGCGAGGAGCUUUUGUGAAACGCGCUCUGUUGAUAACGAAAGUCUCAAAAACGAAAAAUUUCAUUUUGGUUUUUUUUUGUUUUUUUUCUUUUGUGUUCUUCAGACUUGAUUUAAUUUAUAUGUGCCUUAUUGAAGGAAAGAAACUUGUCGCGUAACCUUGCUUUUUAUGCCUAAAGUGCUUGGAAAAAAUUAAUUUUUUUCUGCUCUGAAGCAUUAUGACGGUAUUGUCGGAAUUCUCUUAUUUAUCGCCCGAUACACUUUUUUUUAACGUUACCGAAAAGCGAAAGAAAGUACUAAUACUAUCAUAGAGUAUCACAUAAGUCUACCACCACAACAAAAUUCGAAAGCAUUUUUUUGAAGUUUUUAUCUUCAUAAUCGAUUAUAUUCUCAAUAAAACUUUUUCUGUGUAAAGUUCAUAACUUCAUUCCGCUCGUACCACGUCCUCGCAGUUUUUCUCAAAGGGAAUUACCAAUGUUUUCCUGAAAUUUUUUUCGUCGCAGAAUGAUUGAAGCAAAAAUUGUGUUGCAUCAUUCCUAUCAGAACCAUAAAAAAGCGGAAAUCGCGACGGCACAAAGUGCGGACGACGUCUCUGCGUUCAGCCGUUUGUCUCUUUCCGCCUUCGCUCAUUUCUCUCGACCCUCUCUUUAUUCUCCGCCCUGCUUUUGCACGUCCAUUUCUUUUCGCUCUUUCGUUCUUAUCCAAACUUUCUUUUUUACUUUUUCUUCUUUUCUCAAUUUCGACUUGUUCCCUUGUUUCAAAAAUUUCGUAUUUGGUUGGAAAUAAGUUAUAAAAAGCUAUGUUGUUCUAUCAGAAUGAAAAUUAGUUAUGACUUUCAUUUUUUUUUUACUUCAAUCAGUUUUUUCCUCAAUUGAACAAUUUUGUUCUGUUCAUUUUUCCUGAUGUAUUCUGAAGGAAUUUGGACGGGUGUGAAGCGAUAAGCCAAAAAAAAAAAAACGUUUUUAAGCCAUGAUGAAAGACAAAAACUUCAGAAGCCAUUUUUUUAACACUUAUCAGAAUUUUUGCUUUUUCAUUUUUCGGAUUCUUCGCUUCGUUCUACUUUUUUCUAAUAAACUUUUUGAUCCAGAAUGGCGAACAGGGACGCCCUGAUCGCCGAAGAAGGUAAUCCAGCUGUCGAACAAGUUAUUUAUAAAAAGGUUUCAAACAAAAUGUUAUCUUUUCAAUGAAGUUUUAUUUCUCAGAACGAUGAGAAAAUAAACUUCGAGUUGGAGCCAAAAACUAUUGGUCUCACCAAGGAACAACUGGAAAAGUACCGAAAUGAUCCGUUCUGGAAGCCUGUUAGGUAUGAAUUUAAUUUAAUUUUACGAGUUGUGCGUGGAAACGAAUUGAAGCGAAAUAGGCAAACAGUCGGAGCAUUUUGUUAGAGAAAAGAGCUGUUUGAUUAGCGGACUGCUAGUCGAAAGUAUACUAUUGAGAGAUUUCAUUGACGAAAUAGAAGCGAAUUCAAAAUCAUUCGAGUAGGGAAAGAAACUUUGAGAAUUCAAAAAAGUUUUUUUUCUCAAAACUGCAUCCGUACGCAGGAAUGUUUGAAAUUUUAAUCGUAUCAAGAACGUGAAUCUUAAAAUUUGAAUGUUUUCGUACCACCACGAGCAUAAGAAACUUUUGUGUCUUCAUAACAAAAUUUACUGUGAAAAAAUCUCAGACAUUAAGUGAUAACCUACAAUGUUGAAAUCCUGAACUGAAACACUUUUUAGAUAGAUUUUCCAAAAUGAGUUUUUUUCAAGCUUUCAAAGAUUCCUCAUAAUCAAAAUAGUAUGACCUGUUUUCCAGGAAAGACUCAAAAAUCUCCAAUUUUAACUUUCAGAACGGUCCUCUUCGUUCUUUUCUGGCUGAUCUGGCUGGCGAUGUUUGCCGGAGCUGUGGCCAUCGUCGUACUCUCACCCAAAUGCGCCGAAAAACAGAAGCCCGAUUGGUGGCAGACCAAAGUCUCCUACCAGGUUUGGUUCCUCUUGGCGUUUUAUCGAAAUGAGGGUUCUCCGUUUGAUUAAUCGAAAAUAUGACCAAGUGACACCGACGUAUUGACGGGUCCAAUCAGCGCAUUUGUUGCGCUUAUCGUCGUCGGAGAUCGAUUCGUGCGCCCCACGGACAAUCUCCAACUGACCAGUUGUACAAUGGGCUGUCACUGGACCUUUGUUUUUGGGUUCGCGCGAGGAAUCCUGACAUCUCGCUAAGAAAUGUGCCCAUUCAUUCGUAAAUCCUAAAUGGAAACGGAGAAAAAAAUUUAAUUAACAUAUUUUAGGUCCGCGUGAAAACUUACAGAAUUUUUGAACAAUUUUUUAGUUUUUAUUAGUCUCUUUAAUACGCAGAAAAUCAUUUUUUUAACGGAUUUGAGAAAACAUAAAAGAUAGCACGCCUCAAAUGAAAUAUCAAAGUUUUUACAGUCUAGACUAGAUAUUUCUAUCUACAAAUAAUUUAUGGAUGUGAAAGAAGGACCUUACAGACUCAAAUUUUUGAUCAUCUACAACAGAGUUGCCUACAUAAAUUCAAAUAAAAAAUAAUUUGAUACCUAACACAAAAAUUGCACUGAAAUUUCGAGGAAACGGCAAAAUUUCCGCAAUUUUCUGCGAUUUAUUUUCAAAACGGCAGCUUUACUUCGAGAUCAGAGUUUUAAUCUUAGUCCUGAGUCAAGAUUAUCGGGAAUUUUUUUUUUCGAGUGAGGAUCUCUUUAGAGGCUUAGCUUUUUCAGAAUUUCCCUCAAAUUCGGUUGGACUUCAAAAAAAAAAAAUUGCUAAAGAAAAUUUUCAGCACAUUUCAAUGAAAAUCGAAUCAAAUUUUUUUGAGUUUAUGAGUUUUUUCUUCCAGGUCCUCACGCCAACAUUCCACGACACUGACAACGAUGGCGUUGGAGAUUUCAAGGGAAUCACCGAAAAAAUCGACAUGCUCCGCAAGAUCGGUGUCACUACCGUAUACCCGACUCCUGUCAUCGAGAUUCAAAAAGUUCUCGAAAAAAAAGUUUUCCGAGUAAUUUCGCUGUUUAAAGGACGAAUACUUCAACUCUUACGACGUCACCAACCACAUGGAGGUCGACCGUCGCUUCGGAACCGAAGACGACUUCAAGGAGCUCAUCGAGACGGCGCACAACCGAGGUAUUCAGAUGAAUCUGAAGGAUAAGAGGAUUCUAAACGUCUUCAGACAUGUUCGUCGUCAUCGACAUGCCUGUUUCGUCGGUCUCCCUUAACCACAGCUGGUUCCGCGACAGAAACGAGGAAAUGUUCGUCACGGCUCGUCCUUCCGACGUUGGCUACAACUCUACUAACUUCCAUAACUUUGCUAACGGAGUCAAGUGGGAAUCUCGCUUUUUUCAAGCGGAAAAUGGACGAAGUUCAGGUACCUCGGAUACCCUACCGCCGCCAAUCCCGUUCUCAACUGGAACAGUCCCAAGGUGCACGAAAAUUAUCACUACAUGACUUAGUGAAACUUUGAAAAAAUAAAAGCAAGGUUUAGAUUUCCAAUGAGGCUAAUACUGUACGUUUAGAAUUUCGCCUUGAAAUAUUACUCUUGAUUUGAAUUGAACAAUUAACUUUCAGGUUGUGCACUCGAUUAACGACGCGAUUCUGAAGUUCCUUCUCCUCGGCGUCGACGGCUUCCACAUCGAUCACGUCAGCCAGCUCGCCGUCGGUCCGAAUGGACAGCCUGAUGUUCGUCAAUUUCCUCAGAAAACCUACCAAAUGGACCGUUUCAGCACGACGCCGCCAUUCGCGUUCUGAAAAACAUUACAACGACGAUCCGCAACUUUAUCGGCAGCCAUGAAACGCUCUCCGAAAAGAAAAUGUUCGUUUUAAAACUAUCUUUUGAGAGUCAAGGUUUAAAAAUGAGAAGUUCGUAAGAAGAAAAAUGAGUGUUUUUCACUUUUUUGUAUAGUUAAAAUACCGCCAAAAAUUAUAAAUUAAGUGACCUUUUUCUCUAAAUUGACCGCUUUUUUUUAGCUCUCAUUCAUCAAAAUCUACGUAAUCGUUCAAAAAAAAAAGACGGAUUUUCCUACUUUUACGAUCUAAAUGGAAAACAAAUGAUUGUAUCAUUUUGGAUAUUUCAGUGCUGACGCCAAUUCGUCUCAAGGAGAAACUAAUUUAAAGCAUUAAAAAAAAUUUAACAUAAUCAAUAUUUUUUCAAUUGAAUAGCCUGGUUAUUAAUAGGUUCGACUAUAACAAUCUCUAAAUACAUUAUUUCCAGUGUGCUGUUCUCGUCUCUUCGCGACAUCGAAGGCCUUCACUCGGUGGCCCGCGAGACCGGAGAGCUUCACUACGUCAUCGACAACACUUUCGCCAAACUCAGCCAGGAAACGUGCAAAGAAGGCGUCGCCCACUGCGUCCAUUCCGCCCUCGAUGCCGCCUACAAACGCCACGAGGUUCAAAAAACCCUUUUUUUGCCUUUCAAUGUUUCAUUUACAUUUUGAAGGUCACGAAAUACAGCGGAAAAGUGAGUGUGUAGAAAUGUGUUAAGUUGGUACAAUUAGUCGUGUUGUGAAGCUUUGCUCCUACGAACGCUGAUUUUUCUGAAAAUCUCAACGUUCUCUAACGCUCUUUAGCCCAGUAGUCGUUCAAAAAAAACUUUUUUGCGAAAAAUACGAGAGUUUCCAGGCUGAUGACUACACACCUUACUGGCAAUUUUCCAACUCGGAAAACAGCCGAUUGGCCACUCGUUUCGACGCUCCGACCGCUCAUCUUCUCAGCUUCUUGCAGGUUUUCCCCAAUAAUUAACUUUAGUUUUGAUCUAUUUGAAUUUUAGUUGACCCUUCCUGGAGCUCUGUCGAUGUACUAUGGCCAGGAGCUCGGUUUGAAGGACGUUGGUGGGUUUUUAGGCUUUGAAGUUUUCAUUGACUUGUUUUCUUUCAGGAAAUCCGAGAACCCAACGAGGCAUCAUGCAAUGGACGCCGACCAAGGAAGAUCAUCACGGAUUUUUGUCCGAGGCUAAGGAUAUUGGACAGCUUUUCUUCGCUGAGAACGACGAGGCCGAUCAGGAGGACAACUUUGAGGUUUGACUUUCUUCUUUCAUCCCUAUUACGAAAAGAGUAAAGUCUUUGAAGGGAAUUGAACUAAGGCUAGAUAAGAAAAAGUCCACAACCAACUUCUAUCAGAACAGUUCCCACUUUUCACUAAAUUGAUCUCUUUUCAGACGCAGUUCCAACAGGAGAACUCUCAACUGAAGGUCUACCGCAAGUUGGCCAAACUCCGUCAACGCGACGAAGCUCUCAUCGUCGGAGAAACGGUCCGCGACACGCUCAUCGAUGACGUCAUCCUCUUCUCGAGAUUCGUCAAGGCCGAGAACAACACCGCCAAGGGAUCCGUACGUCGAUUUUCUGAUUUUUCGAUUAUGUGAAGAAAUUCAGGCCUAUGUUGCUGUCCUUAACUUUGGCGAGAAGGACUUCGACAUCGACUUCACCACGGAAGACACCAAGCGUCUCAUCCCGGCUAACAAAUUCCUCAACAACGUCGAGGUCAAUAUUCCUCCGUUUUUCUCCGUUAUCUUGAACGAUUUUCAGAUCUCGGCCACUACUACCGGACUCAAAACUUACACUCCCCGCCAGAAAAUCAACUUGGUCGACGAAAAGCUCACCAUUCCGCCGAAACAAGGCGUCCUUUUCAAGUUCUGA